CUCGCGGUGGCUGACGGGAUCUCCCGACUUCCUGUGUCUGUGUGUGCAUGCAUAUCGGUUGUCGGCGAUCGGUGCGCCCGUCUCGAACCGGUGUUUGGACCUUUUGUGCCGUCUCCCCGGAAUUACAAGGUGCAGCCAGUGUUUUGAACAGCUGCAGGUCAGGCAUGGGCAGCCCAGCGCGGACGUGAAGGCGGAGUCCGGCUGCGAAGAAAGUGGCGGGGAUUCGGUGAACUGGGGCAGUGGACGUGCGGUGACAGCCAUCUCGUGGCAACUCUGAAGCUAUGGCAUUCGCAGGGCUCAAGAAACAGAUCAACAAAGCCAAUCAGUAUGUCAGCGAAAAGAUUGGUGGAGCGGAGGGUACCAAAUUCACGGACGAGUACAUGGAAAUGGAGAGGAAAAUAGACUUGACCAGCGAGUUAGUGGAAGAGCUGAUUGUAAAGACAAAAGAAUACCUCCAGCCAAAUCCAGCAUCCCGAGCAAAGCUGAUGGUAAGCACGAAACUCCGAGGCCCGGGAAAAACUCAUGCAUAUCCUCAGCCGGAGGGAGUGCUCGGAGAAUCCAUGACCAAGUAUGGCACUGACUUGGGCGAGGAAAGCCCCUUUGGUCAGAGCCUCAUCGAAGCUGGAGAGGCACUCAAGCAGCUGGCCGACAUCAAAUAUGCCCUGGAAGACAAUGUGAAACAGAACUUUCUUGAGCCCCUUACCCAACUACAGAACAAGGACCUUAAGGAUGUUUUGCAUCAUCGCAAGAAAUUGCAGGGUCGACGUCUGGACUAUGACUGCAAAAAGCGAAAACAACUGAAAGGUGGCCACUUGACAGAAGAUGAGAUCAAGCUUGCCGAGGACAAAUUUGAAGAGUCUUUCAACUUGGCGUCCCUGGGAAUGUUUAAUCUUUUACAAAAUGAUGUCGAGCAAAUCUCUCAGCUUCAUGCCCUUGCUGAAGCCUUCUGUGAAUAUCAUCAGCAGUGUGCGGAAGUGCUCCAGGGGCUUACUGAACGGUUGCUCGAACAGAAAGCUGAGGCAGCAGGGCGUGAUCGCGAGCCAUACGAACCCAAGAAGCUGUCUGAUCUCAACCUCACAGCGAUUCAUGACGACAUCUCGCCCAUGGUCGAGUCAGGUGGGGGCUACUUCAAUGGCGAGCCCCAGCAAAACUCCCUCUUCUUCUCCUCAGCCCCAACUGCAUCUCCUGCCCGCUCACCCCUGAGCUCGCCUGUGAACCCACGGCCUGCCAAUAACCUCUUCCUGGGCAGCUUCCCCAAUCCGCAUGGCACGGGGGCCUCACCUGGCUCCAGGUCUCCCAAUGCUUCUCCACUUCCAUCGCCGGUGCGGUCACCAGCCCGGGCCCCACGCGCCCCAACUUGCCGAGCGCUGUACGACUUCGAGCCGGAGAAUGAGGGCGAGCUGGGCUUCCAUGAGGGGGACCUCAUCUCGCUCGUGCGCCGCGUCGAUGACAACUGGUACGAGGGCAGCAUCGACGGCCACACAGGCAUGUUCCCUGUCAACUAUGUCGAGGUGGUGGUGCCGCUGCCAUGAAGCUGCGCGUGGCUGAGCUCUAGCCACUGCUGUUCUGCUGCUGGCUGAUGAUGCCGCUUGUUACCAGCUGCGCAAAUGCCUGCUGUGGGAACAAGAGGCUCUACCAACCCUCCAUCUGUGUUAGCUCUGAAUUCAGCAAGUCCCAUCUGUUGAUUUUGGUCUUAUCUGUGAAUGGUUCACCUCUGGACUUUAGUCAUUUUGGGUUGUUUAUAUAUGAGUUUUCCCUUGCAGCCAUGCUUUCAAUCAUUAUGGCAACUGCCCAGCGCUAAGUGUGAAAAUGUAAAUAUUUAUUAUUUAGUGCCACGGACAUUUUUAAGUCAUUGUUUAUUUAUGUUUGGACUCUGCACCCCCACCCCUGCCCUAUCCUUGAUGAGCUUUUAUUCCUGUGGGAUGAGAAAUGACAGUGGUUUGUUUUUUGAAGAUGGAGAAAAAAAAAAAAGAAAAGCUAGAAGUGCUUUCCAUAGGCACAAAUCAGAAGGUUGUGUUGGUUGCAGAUAACAUUUUUUCUUUCGUUUUUCUCUUUCAUCAGAAAUUUAUGUGCUGUGUGUUAAGAGGCAUCAUUUGAUGACAACCUUUUUGUUGUUCAGAAUAGAUUUAAGACAUGGCCAGGUUCUAUCACCUGGUUACAACCAACUGGGCAUGUCUUGGUUUCUUCUUUUUCACUUUGUACACCAUUGUAACUUUUUUUUUUUGGAAGCUUCUGCCUUGGACUCAAUGUCUUUCAUGGCAUCAAUCAUGUACCACGUCUCCCAAUGCCUGUAGUGAGCCUUGUUGAUCGUGACUUAAACAUCCUGUUCUAUCAAAACUGCUACAUUUAUUGUAUGUGGGAGUUGUUAUAAAGCUUACUGGAGAUUCUACUUACCCCAGAUGCUUGUCACCAAUCUGCAGCUUCCCAUACUGCUCCUUUUUCUUCAUCGUCUGUCUGUGCUGACAAGUACACCAAAUAUGUGUAGCACAGGGGUUCCCAAACUUCUUGGCUCAAGAGGAACGACCUUGGCGUUCAAUAUGUAGUUAGGAACCCCUCAUCCUCUGCCUGUCAGAUACAUGUGAAGAAGAGCGCAGACAAAGGGCUCCUCAUUUAACAUCUGCACUCACUCAGGUAAAUGGUUACACAAGGCUCAUAUUUGCACAUUGCUGGAAAGGUUGGAUUGGGAGAAUCAUUAGUAGCUUAGCGAUUGUGAAGAAAAAGCUGCACAGGUGAUCAGUCACGCAUGUCAGUCAAGGUGCUCACAGGGCUCCAGAAAGUUGUGUGGACCUGAUGAGGUUUCUUCCAUGAGUACCCACACUCAAUCAACGAAUUAAUCAAGCCAGCAGUUACACAAAGUUGGGCGGUUGUUACAAUCAGGGUGUCGCAACAAAAUGUUUUUCAUUCUGAUUUUAGUUUUGUACCACUGCAAAAAAGUUCCGUUCUGGUUCUGCUCCAGAAUGAAAAAAAAAGAAAAUGAUCCGUAAGAGUUUAUAACGGUUUUUGUUUGCAUGCAAAAAUUUUUGAAGCAGAUUAACAAUAAAAGCAUAGAAGUUAUUGUUCUCAAUAAUUGAAUUGUGAAUUCCGAGAUCAUGCUCAGUGCCUUGAGUAAGGCACUGAGCAUGAUCUCGGAAGCAGCACGUCAUCAAGUGUACUGUCCAAAAUGUAAGACCACUGUUCCAAUAAACUGAACUUAAACGAACGACAAAACUAUGGUAACAAAGAUUUGUACCCGUAGAAAACAAAACAGUAAGCCCUUCAGCGCGCAAGCCCUGGGUUUCGCUACUAUGCCGAUCUGCUGGUGCACAGAGUGGCAGGCUUAGAUUAGCGGAGCACUCGACCGGCUAUCACUCACACUGUCCCUGCCUGAGAUAUGCACUUACCAGGACCUCCAAGACACGUGCUAAUUCUAAUGUUGCCUGGUGUCAGUUGUUUCGGAUUGCUGACUUUCCUUUUGAACCGAAAACUGAUCAAAAAUAUUUCGGUUUCACUCCGAAACAAAAUAAUAAAUGUUUCAUGUGUGUUCUUGCUGCAGUCAAAAAUAUAUUCUUUUUUUUUCAUUCCAUUCUGACACACUAAUUACAAUGAAUGAGCAAUCAGCCAAUAAGUAGCUUUGCUGUGGUGUAGACAAGGUGAAAAGGAAAAAAUGGGGGCACACAGAUCACUCAGUAUGCUCAUGAAAAUCAAAAGUCCUGUGUGGAAUGUGAGGGUUCCUUGAGAUGCAGUUUGGGAACUCCUGAGUUAGCUUACUUUGUGCUCCUUUAGUGGCUGGCCUCAUGAUGAAAGUUCUCCCCCUCCCUUCAAGUUCAUCAUUUGUGAGAGCAUGGUUGUGAAAUGCUUCCCUCUAAUGUUCAGCUGGUGCUAUUCGUGCCUGUAUUGCAGUGGAAAGGAAAGAGCAUUUUCUGCAUGUAGGUGGUGGGCACUAUUGCUGUUCUUGUUUGGAAUGUUCAAAUCAGCACCCAAUGGAGAACCGCACGACUGCUCGUCAGCACCUUGCGACGACAGCUACGAAACAGGAGCGAUAAAGGAUGUCUUGUUGUAUGGGCAGUGCCUAAGGAAAUCCCACUUUUUCUGUCACUAGUCUGUCAAGGCCAUCAGUAUGCAUCCAUCCCCCGCUACUGGUCACUUUUCAGUGUUUUUCUUCAGCCAAACACAAAUGCAAAACAAGAAUGAAGAUGGAUAUGAGGAUUGGUGGUCCCCCUUACCUUUCCAGUCAUUUAAUAUGUCUGUGCUCCUUGUGUUACAGUUCACUUGUUCUGACUGCAUAAUCAUUUCAUUUGUGAGCACAAAGCAACGAUCAAGCCUUCGACUUUCACCUAAUGAGUGCAGUUUUAAGUGUACAGAUAGCAAUGUCUGUUUGGAUGUAUGCUGAAAUGUUAUGAGAAAAAGCUAACUACAAGUACAUCGAAACCUGCAAACUUAAAAGAAAAAAAAAAGCACCACACCAAUCACCACACAAGUAGCAUAAAUGCCCAGAAUAAUUUCCAGAGCAUGGGGAUGCGUUACUGCAUACUACAUAGCAAUGCAAAUGCUUCACAUGCCUACUUUUAGUGUGCACUUUUAAAGCUGAACUUCGCAGUUUUUUGCUAUAAAAACUGUUGACCACAUUACUUCGGGUGUAAUACACCAUCUUUUUUUGCUGCAGCAGAGUGACCUUCAAGACAAGGGCAUUUAGCUUUGGCAAACAAUGUACGAGUGUUGGCAACGGGUAGUUGGCACAGCCGGUGGGUAAUGGUUAUGUGAGGCUUUUAUGAUAAGAGUUGUAACAGCAUAUACGAGAGUUUUAGCCAGUGUGUAUACAUAUCAGCGUUUACAUGUCAACCGAGUACUGGGAUGCAAAUGUAAACAGCAAUGCUGGUAAUCUUUAUCUGAUGGUGUGUUCAUAUUGGCAUGUGCUACAGUGUUCUUGGGUGUGACAUUUCUUGGCAGGGAAGGGUAUAAUACAUAUUAGGAAGUCUGUGUUGUUACAAAAACUUUGACGCUAGUAUGUUAGAAUACACAGACACAGGAUGCAGCAAGAGGCUCGUAUGAAUUGUUUGAGCAGAGCAUCACAAGGUGUAGCCACGAAUGCUAUUUUGGAGCUACAUCACAGUACCUCGCUAGAACAGUACCACUAAAAUGUACACAUACUCGCUUAAACUUUCAAUUGAUUUGCCCCGCAGUAAACACUGAUCUACAUUGAUAAACAUCACUUGCCUUUUAAAAGGUUCUGGUGAGAAAAUAAUGGUCUUCAGAAGGCUUUACAAUCCAUAUGCCCUGGUUCGAUUAAGGUUUGGGGCAGGUUGAUGUAGACUGUUACAUUAAUUUGAGAUUGCACAACUGCUACAAGGCAGGCCACGAAUUUGUGUCACUGUUUGUAUUGUCUGUAGUUUGUUCUUCACUGUUCAUGAUGUGCAAGACCACCAUGUCGUGUGGCUUUUCCCUGAAGAAGCGCAUGCUUACACAUUUGAGUGAGUGCGUCUUGAAUUGUGUGUUGCAGUGUUUGCGUUCUGACAUAUCCAACGCAACUAUGUGUACUCACGUGCGCAUGUCUCGUUCAGCUGUCGUUGGUGCAUUGCUGGAGGAGCAGACACAUCUAGUCCACUGGGUGGCAAAUGGUCCUGUUUCGAGAGGGGAUGUACUGCUCAUCUGCAUCUGUCUUGGUGCCUCACUUUUCAUUUUCAAACACUGCAGCCAGAUGUGGCCACUAUAUAGCUAGCCGAGGACAGUGCGCUAGAAGCUGGUUCUUGUUAAGCAUAUUUUAGCAUCAUGGUAUAUAGCCGUUCGCUACAUACAAAACAUGUCGCAAAGAGAGCAUAUGCUCUCAAACUUUCUGUGUGUUUCAAGUAACCACUAGGUCUACAGUGUGUCCCUUCUAGCAAUAUGCCCUAGUCAGCAAUAUUGAGGCUCUGUGCCCUCCACUCGAGCUUGCUUCACAAUCUGGCCUGUGAAAAGCACCAGCGGCCCAUCGCACGUACAUGAUAGUUUCUGCCAUACAAAAUGAUGGAACUAAUAUUUUACAACAUCCGAGAUUUUUAAAAUCCAAAUACCAAAGGCAAUAUACAUUCGCUUCUGUUGUCUCAGACACAUACCUCACACCGUCCCUGUCUCGUGGCAAUACGGCGCACCCCCUAUGAGUUCUUGAAAUGGAAUCUUAUGUUCACAUUAAAAAAAAAAUUGUGCUGUUCGCUCACCUCCAGCCUCCAUAGCAGCUUCCUUGUAGUCUUAGAAUCCCCGUUCUUUUUUCCUUUCCCACUACUACUCUUCUGUGUGCCGAUUUCUAACCCGGCCAGCCACCAGCAUAACUUGUAACCGUAACCACUGUGAUCUUGAUGUUGUUCUCCGUAGACCUGUAUCCUUUUCUCUCUGUCUGUUCCAUACACGCAUCGCUACAGGAACUCUCAAACCGUGGUUCUUUUUUCGCUGUUGUAAAAUCUUGUUAAAUGUCAUGCAAAUGAGACAUUUAUCCCAAAUAAAAGCUGUUUUUGUUGUUCCAACAA